CAACAGCAGUCAGUACGCUCUGUGCGCUGCAAGCGUUUGGUACGUUGUAACGGAAGUGUUUUCUUCAACAAAUCAAAAAUCACAAAAUAUCGAAAACAAUACGAAAAAAGGAUACGAAAAUCACUGCGUAUAAAUCAUCUGAUUUUGUGCCAUGCAAAAGUGCGUGCCGAAUGUAACAAGAUUUUUAAUUAAAAGCCCCUCUCAACACAAACACACAUACGCUUCAUGUGAUUUCCAAUUGAAAUGCUUGGACUAUCGAACAAUUAACUGCUAACUGUUAACCAUAUUUGCUCUUGACGCUCGCUUCAUGUUUACGCAAGCGACGCUGACGUCCGAGCUUCAACAUUAAACAGCCAACAACUACGACCCAAAGCUGGCCCGAAAAGGUCACGCGGCUAAGAACAAUUUUUAGAUAAGACUCAAGCUCAAAUAAAAACAGAAAAACAGCAAGCGAAAAGAAAAACAGGAGCUGCUGAGUGGGAGAGACAACAAACAAUCAGAACAGACAGCAACAGGGAGAGAGCGAGAAAGAGGAGAGUGGAAAGAAGCUGAGAGCAGAGGACUGGAGGACUCUAGGCAGGAAACAAUGCGUUCCCUGCGCAGUUUACAGCCGCUUGGGCUGCUGUGCCUGUGCCUGGUGCUGGGUGAACUCGUCGUUGUCGCGGCCUAUCCCAAGACCAGCAGCACCCCAGCAGCAGCACAUCAGACGAAGCAGCAGCCUAUCUACACCUAUCUGACCACAUCGAGUGUGUCCAGCCACGGGAAUGAUGCCGCCGCUGCUGCUGCUAUGCAACCAGCCAUUGUGUACGAGGCAGUUAUGCCAAAGCAGGAGGAGAAGUUGCCGCAUGCCACGGCCACAACAUCCGCAACAUUCACGUCGCCGGAUGAGGCAUCAAAGAAAGUCAUCGGUUCCAGCGUGGUUUCCUCGGUCUCCGUGGUGCUCGACGGCAAUGAGCCACAGUUUACGGAUGCACUGGGCCAUAAAGUGCCAAAGCCGCAGCCCUCGUUGCAAGUUGCCAGUCCCAUUGAUCUGCUGAAUCCCGAUCGCUAUGAGUUCUACACUUUCGAUGAGCACGGCGAACUGGUGAAGCGUCUGAUGACCAUGCAAGAGAUCCAGAGCAUUGUGGCGAACGGUGAUGGCGAAGGACCAUCAAUUAUACACACACCACCACAAACCGAACAUGAGCCGGAAAAGAAUGUCCAGGAUAUUGUGAAUCGAGUGCAGAAUGUGCUCAACAAAGAGGUGGCCAGCAGCUCCACAAAAAACAACUCUGCCGAGCAGUUCCUGCCAGUGCUGGACACACCUGAUGUUUCCUCAUCAUGGUCGCUUAUAUUGCCAGCUAUCUUUGGGAACACAGGUGGCGACAUCUUUUCCCAGCCGCAACAGGUUGUGAUGACACCCGAAUCCGAACUGCUGGACACGUCAACACGAGCUGUGCCCACAACGCAGCGUGUAACGAAGAAACCGAAGCCGUCGAAGCGCAAGCCAGGCAACAAACGCAAGCCCAGCACCACCAAGAGCACCACUGAGAUGACACCACAAGUGGUGCAAGAGGAACUCGAUCCCAUGGAAUCUGUCUACGCGGGCAUUGAGCAGUAUCAACAGUCGGCGGCCAAUAUGCAUGAUUUCGAUGUGGUGAACAUGCAACCCAUCUACCAGAAGCGUCCCAUCACCACUGUGAAGCCUCGGCCAGAGACAACCACGCGCCGUGUGUUCUACAACAAUCAGGAGAUUAUACACACGCCCACAUCAUCGACGAGUGCAGCAAGUCAUUCCAGCACCACUGAGAAGAUUGUCUCCAAUCAUCAGCUGGCCAAGAAACCCGCUAAUGUGCAGCGCAAACCCACUCAACCACAUCGUGUGAAGAAACCCAGUGGAGCGCAGGGAAAUAGCACCGUUAACACCACAAGCGGCACAACGCAUCACAGUGGCAACAAGCAGAAGAACAAGAAGAAGACAACCACCACGACGACCACAACAACCACGACAGUGGCACCAACAACCACAACCACAGCUGCAGCUCCUGCAGAGGAAGAUCCCGCUGCUCAAGAGGCAACGUCAACAACCACCCAAGCACCAGUGUCCACCACGCACAAGAAGAAGAAGCGUAAGCCAACACGCACGCCAGGACUAGCCACUAGCACAACCAGCAGCAGCAGCAGCGGCACUGCCUCCAGCAGCAGCGCUAGCAGCAGCAGCAGCAGUAGCAAACCCAGCAAGCCCAAGCGUAAGCCAACCACUAAGCCGAAACCACCGGCUGUAUCCACGGACCCCGCUGCAGCAGCCUCUGCACCACACCACCAGGAAGUCAGCACUGUGAAGCCACCACGUCCACAUCGUCCACACAAGAAGCCCAAGCCAACCACCACCACAACAACAACAACAACAACAUCCACAACACCGACACCUACAACCACUACGGAACCUUCUGUGGAGGCAGAGCCUGCACAACCACAAGAUCCCGCCGAGGAUCCACAUGGCGAAUCUCAGAAGCCCGAAGCAGCAGCAGAAGAUCCCCAUCAGCCACAGUCAGAGCCAGAAGCAACCACAGCUGCGCCGACAACAACCACAACCGCUGCGCCAACCACAACAACCACCGCUGAGCCAACGACAACCACAAGCAGGCGGCCUGCAUUGCAUCAUCAGAAGCUGCACAACAAACCAACGCACUCGAGCACCACCAGCACCAGCACAACAACAACCAAGCGACCAACCACGCAGCACCAACACAAGCACCAUCAAAAGCCACAGAAUGAGCCCACAAACGAAGUGAACAACAAACCGAGCCACAAACCAAUUCACUCCUAUGGCUAUGUGAAUGCGGUGCCCUCAAAGACAACCACCACCACCACCACUAGCACCACUCAUGCACCUGUCUACCCCGUGCCCAGCUACGAUGCCGAGGCCAGCGAACAGCUGCCCGUGCUUAUUGCCCAACCCGAUGCAACACAGCUGAAAAAGACGCCACAUCCAUUGCCAUCGUUGGCAAUGAUUCAACAGCAACUGCAGCACAGCUCGCCAUCGCCUGCACCACAGCUAUCGCCGGAUCAGAUACUCUCGAUGGAUCAGAUUGUACAGAGCCUCACACAGGAUCUGUUGGCGAGCGACAAGAAGGAUGAGGCGCCCGUGCCCGUGAAAUACGACAGUGCGGAGAACAAUGAGCAAAUGCAGACGUUGGCCAACAAAAAGAAGACGCAAGUGAGCAGCACCAGCACCGCAGCCAUCACCACUUCAACCACAAUUCCCACAACAACCACGACGUCAACAACUCCCACAACCUCAAGCUCAACAACUUCGACAACCACAAUAACAACUCCCAAGACAACCACAACUAUCAUAAAUACCCCAAGACCUUUGGCAGCCAACUAUGGCGGCAGCACGCUGGCCACUAUGCUUGACGAGGAGGAUGCCAGCACUAGUCUGGAGCACUUGGAUUUAGGCGAGCAGCACAAGCAACCAUCGGAGACAACGCACAGCAGCAUUGAGGUGGAGCCAGAGCAGGAAACAACGGUGGUAUUGAUAACCGCAAGACCGCAAUACUUUGCUUCGACCAGCUCACCACCAAUGGAGCUACUGCCACAGCAACCCGUAAAGACAGACCAGCCCCUGGAGGAACCAGAGACAACAGAGCUGCCCUAUAAUACCCAAUUCCUGCUGACCACGCCCAUGGCACCAUUGGAUGAAACCGAAAACGAUUCCGAUAUGGAAACUGAGACAGAGUCUGAGAAGAUGAAGGAGUUGGAAAAAGAGUUGGAGAGACAGAAGGAAUUGGAGAAACAGAAGGAGCUGGAGAAACAGAAAGAGUUGGAGAGGCAGCAGGAGAUGGAGAGGCAGAGGGAAAUGGAGAAGCAGAAAAAUCUGGAAAGGCAAAAGGAACUGGAGAGGCUAAAGGAGUUGGAGAGGCAGAAGGAAAUGGAAAAAGAGUUGGAGAAGCAAAAGCAAUUCUUGAAGGACUUAGAGAAGCAGAAACAAGCCCAACUGGAAGCACAAAAGCAGGCAGAGAAGCUUGCCGCAAUCGCAGCUGCCACCACGACCUCAAAGCCCAUUUCGGAAGCCAAUCAUGUGGUGAAGUUUGAGCCACUUUAUGCCGAAGUGCCCGAAGCCGUGAUUGCUGAGCUAACCGAGCAGCCAGAAGAGUCCACAGCACCCACGACCAGUGGCUACUAUCAGCAAACGGAUUCCGAAAGCGAAGAGGCAACUACUGAGCUUGUGGCACGAUUACCAGUAUCGGAAAGCACCACGGCAGCUGAUGACGACGAUGAUAGCACAGAGGUAACGCCCAUGAUUGCCAAUCUGGUGCAACAGCUCAAUCUGGAGGUACUCAAGCCAACCGAUCAAAUCUCUAUGGCCAAUUUCCAGACACAGGCGGCAACAGUUGCCUCCACACUUGUCGAUGGCAGCAACACGCUCGUUUCUGAUAUACAUAUGAACUCCAACGAGACGAAAGAUGAGCUGGAGUUCCUUAUGUCCGAUGUGAUACAACAGAUCACCCAGCAGGAGCAAUACAAUCCCAGUCAGUUGCACGAUGACGCUGAUGAUGAUUCGCAUCGCUUGACGAACUUUGCGCAGCUAAACACCUCGUUCCUGUUACAGCCACCGAAGCCACCAAAGCAGCAACUAAAGGCAACAACAACAACAUCGACGACGACGACGACGACAACAGAAUCAGCACCAGCUCAGGAAAUCACGACCAUCAUACCCAGCAAUGAGGAGCUCAUCAAACAGGAAGCUGCAUAUCUUAAUACCCUGCCACUUAGCGAGAUGCAGGAAGAGCACGAGGAGAGCACCACAUACAAGGUACCAGUGCUGUCGCUAUCACAAAUCUAUGCACAGCAGCAACAGGACGAGGAUGAUGAGCAGGAGCAGUUCGAGCUGCAGCGACUAGAACUCUUGGCCGCCACAAAGCCAAGCGAAGCGCCACUUAAACAGGAAGUCAACAAGCAGCAGGAGGAAAAGGAGGAGCAGCAGGCGCUUGAGCAGGAAAAGGAGCCAGAGCAGUAUCAGGAGAAGGAGCAAGCGACAGAGCAGGCAACAGAGACGACAGUGAGCGUGGAGGCAACCACCGAGCAACAGCAGCUGUCAGAGGAGGAAGCGGAGCAGAGCAAAGAGACCACCGUCAAUGAGGAGGAGACAACGUCGACCAGCGUCGAGCAAAACGACAACGAAAAGCCCGAUGCACCGGACACCAAUGGCAACGAGAGCGAAGAGGAGCAAAUGCCCGAAAUGUUGACAAAUGGUUACAACGAACAAAUCCUCGCGGAAGCCAGCGAAACGUCCACGACAGCCAACUACGAAGAGACACAAACGCAGGUGCCGCUUGCCGUUGAGAAGGAGGAGGAGGAAAAACCGACCGAAGAGGAGCUAACGACAACAAGAACAACGAGCACAACUGGGGCAGCGGCAUCAACGAUUGUUUACCAGGACGCACAAGAGCAAACAUCAACGGAGCAGCAGCUGCAACAGGAGGAAGAGACGCAGAAGGAAGAGACGACACAAACAGAACUGGAGCCGAUGCAAAGUGUCGAGGAUAGUGUAACCAAUGCAGCGCAGUUGCAGCCACAGUACACAGCUCAACCAGAGUCAGAUGCGACCGAGGAGCAGACCGAAAGCAGCAAGGAGGGUGAACAGCAAGUGACUUCUGAAGAAACGAUUACAGAAAUCCCCGGCGAUAUGACUGUGGUAUCAUCCGAAUCAGACAUGUCGCUUAGCUCCGAACAAGUGACGGAAAAAAUCGAGCUAAGCACGGUCAAAACACUGGAAUUGAAUGAGGAAUCCAUGGAAGACAUAUCCGAUGAAUUGACAGCCACCAUAACCGAAGAGGAUACGACAAGCUCACAGAAAUAUCAGCUGGACGAUGAAGAUCCCUACGUGAAGUUGGGAGAGACAACGGCCAGCGUGGUGGUUAGACCCCAAGUCGGCGAGCAUGACAAAAGCGCAGUCAAGUCCACGGAGCAGUCAACAGAAGAUGAGAAGGAAGAGCAAAACUACAAGGUGAGCUUGCCAUUGGCCAGCUAUGGCAAUCAGGGCAAUGAGCAACCGGAUGAGGAAGAUGACGAAGAUCAAACCAGCUACCAGCUGCCCAUUUUGUUGCCCAGCAGCACGUCAACAACCUCAGAGCAACCACUGAGUAGCAGCACCACAACAACAACAACGACAUCAACUACAACAACUUCGACGACUACAACAACAGCUCCAGCAACAACGAAGCGUCUGCACACCUUGAAGCCUGUCUCGUAUUAUGUGCAGCCUUCGCUGCUGGGCGGCUACAAUAAUCAGCUGGAGCCCCAGCCACCCAAGGUGCUGCCCUACAAUGCCAACACCAACUCCCAGCAGCAACAGCUACUACAACAGCAGCAACAACGACCAAUGCUGCGUCCAGCCUCCUUGACCAAUCUUAUGGCCGCCUCAACACAAGCAACACGACCACCCGUUAAACUAGAGCCAAGCCCGCAAAGCUCACAGGGCUUAGAGGCAUCAACAGUGCGACUCGAUGAAGACGUUGUCUCCUUUGCCCGUCUAUGCAAUGAACUCGCUUUCAGCUACUGGAAGGCCAUUACCUCAGAGAAGAUUAGUUCGGCCAGAAGUCUGGUUAUUUCACCUUUUGCUAUGACCUCUAUGUUGUCUAUGGUUUUCCUCGGCGCACGUGGCAGCACUUCGGGUGAAAUGAACGAAAUACUCAAGCUAGACGAUAUGGUUACAUUCAAUCCACAUUUGAUCUUCCGCAACAUCACAAACUCGGUGGAACAGUCGAUGGAGGGUGAUAUUGCAACAGCGGCAUUUGUGCGCGAAAUCUUUAGUGAUCGUGCCAAUGGCAAGAUUUUACCGUUCUUCAAGGAGAAGACACAGCAACUGUAUGCCGGACAUGUGGAGGAGGUGAAUUUUCAUGUGGUCAACGAUAUUGUGCGAAGACGCACCAAUCUUUUGGUUAAGCGUCAUACCAUGGGCAAAGUGCUGGAAUAUCUGCGUACAAAUAGCGUUUGGGUCAAUGGCCCAUUGGCCACUGUAUCGGCCAAUCUCUUCCAGACGGAUUGCUCGCGUGGUUCCACAAUAGAUCGCGACGGUGAAAUGUUCUUCCAGGUUCAUCCCACAGUGCGUCAACGUCGUCUUGUGCCAAUUCCCGCUGUGCUCUAUCGCUCCGGCUUUACGGCAGGCUAUGAACCAAAGCUGGAUGCCACAAUUGUGGCCUUCGGACGUAUUCAGGACACCGUUAGCACCAUCUAUGUAAUGCCCGGACACCAGAGCUCGGUGGCGCCCACCGACAACCUGGAUCGAUUGGAACGCAACCUCGUGGAGCAGGCAUUCAGCAAAGAGAACGCUUGGAGCAAUCUGCUUACCUCAUUAAUGGAUCGCCCAGGCAUGGAGGUGCAACUGCCGCGUUUCUCUCAUCGCUCGUUUGUGAAUGCCUCGCUGGGUUUGCAGAAGAUGGGACUCAAGGGACUGUUCAAGUCGGACUUCGCUGAUCUGCGAGGUUUGACGGGUAAUGGCAAUCGGGAUAUCUUCUUGUCGGACAUGACACAAAUCAAUACGUUCAGCACUUGUGGCGAGGAGAAGAUCUCCGAUCAUCAUCAUGUUGAAAUGUAUCCAGCACCGCCAUUGCGUAAGCGUAACAAGGAUGUGGAUACAACCGAUGAUGAUGCCUACGAUUCGUCUGAGGCAAUUGUGGACUUUGGUUCGCUGGUGCAGGAGUCGGCAUUGGGUCGUGGCUUUUACGAUGAUCUGCUGGAUCCUAAGUUUUUGGAAUUGCCGCUCCCAUUGCGUCCUCGUCAGGCACGUGUGCCAGAUGCUCCUCGGCUGCGCUUCGAUAAGCCAUUCCUCUAUUUCGUGCGCCACAAUCCGACGGGCAUGAUCCUGUUCAUGGGUCGCUUCAAUCCCCGUCUGCUGCCAUGAACAGGUCCCCUUACAUGUUUUAAGUAAGCCAAACAUUUAUGAAAUUUUGUUAAAACUUUCAAUUAAUAGUGAAUUUAUUUUGCCAAUCUGCAAAAUGCCCGCAAUUAAGUUAAUACUAUUUUUAAUGUUCUUAUUGCUGUGCCUUAAUCCCGCGUCCUCAGUCCAGCCCAGCGUCCGACUCAAUGAUACGAGAUUGAUGUGCAGCAAACUGAAAAUAUUAUUCAGCAAUACAUACAUAUAUACAAACGAUAUAUAUAUAUAUAAAUAUGCGUUUUUUUCAUGCCCAAUUUUAUUAAAUAAAUACGUGAAUACGAAUUCCAAAUAUUUUAAAUGCAGUUUGCCGUUUGCAGUUUGCAAAUUUAGGCAUAAAAAAAAUUAUAUUCAAUUGUUAUGGGGCGCAUUUUUUUGCCUCUUGCCGCAAACAAAUGAAAUAAAAAUUAAAAUCCAAAUGAAAAUAAAAAUAUAAAGCAUAUAUACAUAUUUAUAUAAAUAAAGUUAAACAAAUUGGCUGCGAAUGCAAAUGCAAAUGCAAUCAAAAUGUGCGUUCAUGUUUUGGCAACAAACCCGAACACAAACACAACAAGAACAAAACGAACAACAACAAUACAAAUGUAAUUUAGUAAAAUAAACUUUAACACUACGCAAACUCAAAGUUAUGUAUGCUAAUAUGUAAGUUUAAAAAUCUAAAUAAAUACAUAAAUAAAUGAAAUAAACAA